UUUUUGAACGUGCCUUAAUUAAAUUCCCCUGAAAAUAGUUGCUAACGCUGAUAGAGACCUACCUGGUAGAUAUACCUGAAAAAAAUGCAAAAUGUGGCUAUACUGUGUACUGUAAUAAAUUACACCGUAAUAAACUGGCAUAUAUAGUAAAUUUAAGUAUGAGCCGUGGUUUCCGGUGGUUAGAUCAUUUUCGGUUUUAACUUCCUAGUUUGCCUCGAGACAAGCGGCUUAAUCGUCGCCCUUUUCUAAAGGUGAAGGUGUACAGGCUAGGACCUAUCUCAGCAGGUUCUACUUCUGGCGCUGCUCAACAUGGACCACGUUACACUUCAUAAGAUUGAUGAGGAGCUGACAAAGAGCGAGGUCGCCGCACUGAAGUUUCUCUGCAUGGAUCACCUCAGCAGGAAACGGCUGGAGACCGUGAAGGAUGCGAAAGACCUGUUCAUCCUGCUUUCGGAGCAAACCAAGUUUGAAGAUGAACUCUUCCUCCCUGAUCUUCUCUACACUAUUGGCCGCUGUGACUUACUUCACAUCCUGGGCACUAACAAAAAUAACGUCAGCAGGUUGUUGCAAACUAAAAGCUCUGGUGUUUCAGAGUACAGAAAGAUGCUCUACAAGCUAUCUGAAGACAUAAAAGAGGAAACCCUUCGUGACAUAAAGUUCCUUCUGAACAGCCUGCCUAAAGGAAAACUAAUUUCUGCUACAUUUCUGGAUGUCCUGACUGAGAUGGAGAAAAUGGAGAUGCUUGGAAAAGACAACCUAGAUAAUCUAGAGGAUGUUCUGCGUAAAUGCAGUAAAGACCUAGCUGAUAAGGUACAGAAAUUCAAGAUGUCAAUACCAGAUCAGGAAAACAGCAUCAGUCUGUCUGUACCACAUCAGGAAGAAUAUCUCAGUCAGAUUCUAGACAAUCGGAUGGAAUCGAUCAGUCUGACUAAUAUAUCCAUAGCAGAAACGAACCCGCCAAUCUCCACACGGACCGGCUCCAGGAGUGAGAACACCGUGGACACGGAUUCAGAAGGAAGGGCAGUCUCUGAAAACGUACCGACGAAUGCAAUCAAUGAUGAAUAUUAUCUCAUGACCCGGCGGCCUUUAGGACACUGUCUGAUUAUUAACAACCACACAUUUGAAGAGACAAGCAAACUCGGCAAUAGGAGAGGGACGGACGCAGAUAGAGAUGCACUUACUGAAGUUUUCGAGAGAAUGCAUUUCAUAGUGGAAGAGAGAAGAGAUCUUGUAAGUUCAGCCAUGCAGAACGUCGUGAUUGAAUUCGCAACGAAGGACCACUCCACAAUGGAUGCCUUCGUGUGCUGCAUCCUCUCACAUGGUGAGAAGGGUGCCGUGUUAGGGGUUGAUGGCAAAUCCGUCGCGAUACGUGAUCUCACUCAACCGUUUGCCGCAUGCUCGACGCUCACGGGCAAGCCCAAACUCUUCUUCAUCCAGGCGUGUCAAGGCAGUGAUCUGCAGAAGGGUGUGUGGUUGCAAGAUGGAACUGAAGAGGAUGAGCUCGAGGAGGAUGCUAAAAAAGCUGAUAGCCGUGUCCCUUUUGAAGCAGACUUCCUGAUUGGGAUGGCAACUGUGGAGUCUUAUAAGUCUUUCCGUCACACAACAAAAGGAUCCAUUUUCAUCCAGGAGUUGUGCCAACACCUGAAGGAUUGGUGCCCCAAAAAAGAAGACAUCCUGUCAAUUCUGACGAAGGUGAACCGCAGCGUGAGCGCCCAAGAGUUAAAUAAUCACAAGCAGAUGCCGGAGCCUCGCUACACUCUUACCAAGAAACUGAUGCUACCCAUGGACUGAGCUAGAAAGACUUCUGCGUUCAGUCUUUGUCUUCCGUUACACCUGAUUAGCCUUAUUUUUCCAUUAAUCCUGAUCGUAAUGUAGGUUUUCUGGUGCUGGGUGUUUACACUUUAACGGCGCACUCAGGUUAAUUGGCCAACUCGCCAUGUGAUUUAAAUAUUGAGGGGAAAAAAAUCCCUUUAAUAUUCGCAGUCCCAGCAGCAUGUGUUUCUUUUUCGAGCAUGAUUUCAGAAUGCUAUUGUGCUGAUUAAGUUCAUCUGCAAUGUGAAUUUCCACAACAGCAUGGAAAAAAAAACAACUGCUACAUGCAGACUACACUCCCCGUCCUCUUUAAUAGGAACACCUGUACACCUGCAUACUACUUCUGAUCAUUUAUGCAAUUAGCUAAUCAUUCAAUCAUGUGGCAGCAGAACGGUGCAUAAAACUAUGCAGAUACAGGUCAAGAGCUUCAGUCACUGUUCACAUCAAACAUCAGAAUGGGGGCGAAAUGUGAUCUCUGACUUUAACCGUGGCGUGGUUAUGACCGUGGCGUGGACGUGAAACAUAAAAGCACGUCUGGCCAGCAAACCAAAAACCUAGUUUUGUUCUAAAUUACAUUCAUACAGAUGUUCAAUCAUCUGACGGUGUGAAAUAAUGCACUGCUGGUGGUGGAUGUGAAUAAUGUCUUUUUUAUUUUCAGGCUGUUUAUUUUGUGUAGUUGUCCAACAGUGUUUUUCACAUUUAGAUCAGAAGUGUUUGAUGUGCUCAGUACACACUUUUGACCAUGUCUUCGUACCAGUGACCUGGGAAAAACUAUUUUUGAUAGGGUUUAAGUGACUUUUUAUUUCACUUGCUCAGCAAUAAGAUUCAUAGAUUAUUUUGGCAUCUUUUACUGAAUUUAAGUGCCUACUAUAAGUGCCUACUGAGGAAAAGAUUAUUUGGUAUAAGAAAUCCUGACCUGUUUACAUAUAUAUAUUAAAACCCGGGGAGUAUUGGGGAGAAUAAUAAUACUCUAAUAUUUGAAUGAUAUUUUAGAAAUAUAUGAGGUUGAGUCAAAUGUAAACCUUAAUUUCAAAUUAAGGUUUACAAGAUUCUGCUCCCUAGAAGAAUCCUGGAUUUUAAUUGCUGGAACACUUGCACUGAUCAAAACAUAUUACGUAGAAUAAUUAUGCACUUUUGUCAAUAAGCAAUGCAAAAAACAAACAAAUUAUAGAAAUCCAUAAAGUUACUUUGUUGCUUUCGUCAAAAAAUGACGCACUUCUGGGUGGAGAAUAUUUUAUAUAAAUUACAUACUUUUUUGUUAAAAUAUAAAUGGAUAUCAAUUUACAUGAAUUAAGACAUCACUAGGUACAGGGCACAGCUUUGUUUAUCCUAUAGGAGAAUAUAGAUAUUUUUCAUGGUAUUUUCAUUUCUUUUUUUGAAUCAGAAAUGUAUUAGGUUAAACAAAAAUGCUUUACUUCAUUUAUGUAUUUGGAUAUUCUCUCGACAAUGAAAUAUAUGAAUUAUAGGACAAAAUGUAUACGUAGAUAAGCUGGAAUGAAAUUAAAGAAACUUAAUGUUGUAUUUUUAAACCAUUUUAUUUGAAUAAAACUGAUGUUUCCCACCUUGA